GCGCACGGCCGAAACGAUUUUUUUAAAAGUAAAAAUACCCUAAGGCCCAAACAAGGUACCCCUGUGGACUGGAUUUAGCUUUGGGCUGUUGUCCACCUAGGCUUCUGGUUGUCAGGGAUGCUAUGACAUCUUUACUGUGUAACUUAGGCAGAUCAGUUUACCUCCCUGAACUUCAGUGAGCUAAUCUGUAAAAUGGAUCAGGACCCAUCGCUGUGCCGAUCAAAUGAGACCAGGUGUGUAAGACGCUGAACAGCGCUGGCGCAUGGUAAGCACCCCACGCAUGACACGACAGCGGUAGCUUGGGUGGAUGUUGAUUUGGUUAGGAUGUAUUCAAGGAGCAAGAUAUCCCAGAGGCCAGCGGAAUAGGCGACGCCGAGAAAGAAGGAGAAAAGACGGCAGAGGAGAUAGAAAGAGGGAAUGGAAGAAGUGAGGAGGCAGCAGGGUCCGCCCUCCAGGCGAGGCGCCAGCGAGGGGCCCAGGCCGGGGAGGGAGCGCACGUGGCCUAGUUCGGGCGGAGCAAAGGCGCUGGGCGCAGCGGAGACCUCCGAGCCCGCCCCAGGAGACAGGCCGCGAGGGUAGGUUGGAACUCGGCUGCGAGGACCUUGAACGCCGGGCGCUGGGGCGGCUCCAGGUACUUGGGAGUCGCGGGACUGCGGGGGACGCCACGCCAGGUCUGAACUCGCCGCCCUCUCGGAGCCGUUUGGGCCGGACUCCUGGGUCCUUUAGGGCUCCGCCCCAGGGGGUGGGACUACAUGUUCGGACCAAUGACCGGCCGUCCCUGCGGCCCCGCCCUCUCCCCGCCCCCGGAGCCGCGGCCUCUCUCAGUGCCCAACCGCCCGGCGCCCAGGCCUGGGGCACCGCAAGCGCGGAACCUUCGGCUGGACACCAAGAUGCCUGGCGAACAGCAGGCAGAGGAGGAGGAGGAGGAAGAGAUGCAGGAGGAGAUGGUGCUGCUGGUGAAGGGUGAGGAGGAUGAGGGUGAGGAGAAGUAUGAGGUGGUGAAACUCAAGAUCCCCAUGGACAACAAGGAGGUCCCGGGCGAGGCGCCCGCGCCGUCCGCCGACCCGGCGCGUCCCCACGCGUGCCCCGACUGCGGCCGCGCCUUCGCGCGCCGCUCCACGCUGGCCAAGCACGCGCGCACGCACACGGGCGAACGGCCCUUCGCGUGCACCGAGUGCGGGCGGCGCUUCUCGCAGAAGUCGGCGCUGACCAAACACGGCCGCACGCACACGGGCGAGCGGCCCUACGAGUGUCCCGAGUGCGACAAGCGCUUCUCGGCCGCCUCGAACCUGCGGCAGCACCGGCGGCGGCACACGGGCGAGAAGCCGUACGCAUGCGCGCACUGCGGCCGCCGCUUCGCGCAGAGCUCCAACUACGCACAGCACCUGCGCGUGCACACGGGCGAGAAGCCGUACGCGUGCCCGGACUGCGGACGCGCCUUCGGCGGCAGCUCGUGCCUGGCGCGUCACCGACGCACGCACACGGGCGAGCGGCCAUACGCAUGCGCCGACUGCGGCACGCGCUUCGCCCAGAGUUCGGCGCUGGCCAAGCACCGGCGCGUGCACACGGGCGAGAAGCCGCACCGCUGCGCUGUGUGUGGCCGUCGCUUCGGCCACCGCUCCAACCUGGCGGAGCAUGCGCGCACGCACACAGGCGAGCGGCCCUACCCCUGCGCCGAGUGCGGCCGCCGAUUCCGCCUAAGCUCGCACUUCAUUCGCCACCGACGCGCGCACAUGCGGCGCCGCCUGUAUAUCUGCGCCGGCUGCGGCAGGGACUUCAAGCUGCCCCCUGGCGCCACGGCCGCCACUGCCACCGAGCGCUGCCCGGAGUGCGAGGGUAGCUGAGCCCCGCAGGGCUGCGGAGGGGCGCCCUGGGGCUUCGACCUGGCUGCACUAACCCGGGCUCCUUCUGCGCCGGCCUCCAGGUCUGGAAAAUUGAGGGGACUGCAGGCCCGGCUGCCCUGGAACUGGAAGACAGGGAGAAUCCCCUGCCGGGGUCCCUGGAAACAGUGCCCAUCCUCCAUCACUACAUUCCCUUGGCCCGUGUUAGUGAAUAAAGUAUUAUAUCCUCACCCCACCCGUGCCUGUGAGUGGGGUGGGUGGGAGAGGAAGAAAGUUAGGGUUCUCCAGGCUCAGGUGCCAAGUGAGAUGUCAAGGAACCAAAUGGGGAUGUAAACCUAAAAGGGGUUCCCGGCAUCUCCGUUUGUGUUGGGGGUAGGAGGUGAUCGCACACUUGGCCCUUGGUUACGUCCUCAUAAACCCUAGAUCUGAAAGGGCCCAUAAGUAUACUAUGUUCAUCAGACAUGCACUGCAUUCGGCAGAGCUCCAGUGAGCAAGGCACAACCCUCAGAUCUCAGUCUAGUGAAGGAGAGAAAACUGUAACACAACAUUAAAGGUUUUAACUGCUUUGUUA